AUGGAUCGCAAUCAGACAGCUCGAUCACCGCAAGCCGAGUCAAUCAUUGGACCUGCUCUCAAGAUUGGUGCUUUCUCUGGAGCAGCUGGUUUUGUUACUGGUAGUGUUGCUGGUGUCAUCAGAAAUUCUCCCGCUCUUCUGUUUGGUCUUGGCUCUGGCAUCCAGUGGUUCGGCUUGGGUACCACUUAUUGGGGCACAAGGAGCUUCAUCUUCCAAGCAUGGGACACUGGUAAGGGCUUGACCAAGAGCGACAAGGUCUCUGCUAGCACAAUCGCUGGUGGCGUGGCUGGCAGUGGCGUUGGUCUCCUCACCCGUACGUAUGACCCACUAUCUUUGUUCUCAACAUCAACUCACCGCCACAGGUNNGGUCCUCGCAAUGUCGUCCCAGGAGCUAUCAUGUUCUCACUCUUUGGUUUCCUUGGGCAGACCGUCUCCAACUCGUACGACAAGAAUGAUCUUCCAGCAUCUGAUGAACCUAAAAUGAACUUCUGGCAAAGGUUCGCCAGUCUGAAAUGGAUGCCUGUCACAGUUCUCAAGGAUGGCGAGUAUGAGGAUAUGCUGCGUGAGAGGCAACUCAAACUCGAAGCAGAGAUUGCUCUCGUUGAUGAGCGUAUCGAAGCCCUCAAGGCCCAGCAUGCCCAAGCUCUUUCCAAGGACAGUGGUGCUCCUUGA